AUGCCAGACUCUCAAACAGACGCGGAAGCGAUCGGUUCAUCUCAGCAAAGUUUAAAGACAAAUCUCGAUACUGAAGACAGCAAUCUAGAGGCAGAUGUCCAAAAAGAUGCUAGUUCCACAUCAACCACUGAUUCAACUUCGAACGAGCCUACAAAUUCAUCUCCAGACUUAGUCGAACAGCAGUCAUCAUCUGAAGAUUCUCAAACUGUCGGCAGUUCUCCCCCCUCUACCCAGACAUCUACCGACUCUUCACAGGCAAAGGAAACUUUGGCAGAGAACUCACAAUCUAAAGAAAUCUCGCCCAAUAACUCCUCCAAUUCUUCACAGCCAAGAUCACAGAGUUUCCCUUCUCGCCCAGAUACUGAAGUCACUCUCAAUGAUAGCUCUCUGAAAAAAGAUGAUGAAGUAAUAGAUACAAAACGACAAUCGCAGCUCCCAGCAAGAGCAGAAACAAUUCCUAGAGACUCAACAGCCAGCUUGUCAACAACUGAUCCAACGGUAGAACCAAAGCUGACCGAAUCAGCGGCGGACUACAAGCCACCCAUAUCAAAGGUUUUACCCUAUCAAGGGCUACCAAACAUUUUACCAUCAGUUCCAUGGGCAUCUACUCCUCUAGUAGGAGCUACAAAUAGUCAAACAUCUCAGGCAUCAAGCUCGAGAAAAUUGACGAGUCCUUUUUCCUGGCUAUCUAGAACAACUGCCAAAGAAGCUAGUACGACAUCAGUAAUGAGCAACCAACAAGGUCAGAGCGUAGUGGCUUCAUCAACUGCUACUAGGCCUAGUUUUGAAACGACUUCAAGUAAAACAGACGAAGGAGAAGAGCCAAAUGGCUCAAAUUCACUGCGGCGUCCAGGGAGAGGAAGUCUGAAGGACCGCUUCAAGAUGCUGCGCCUUCAGGAGGAGGUAGGUAUUACAUCGCUAGCCGAAAAUGGAGGCAGCUCAAAUGAACAAAGCAAAAACGUCCAAACGGAUCAAGGAAGAUCAAAUAACAUCAAAAGUAAACAAUCACCGACUUCAAAGUCACCAGUUUCGACCAGUCCAGGGCCGAGCUUACCCCCCGGCAUGGCAUCUGGAAUUUCAGAGGGUCCAUCCCAUCCGGUCGAUUGGGAUCUAUGGCAGUCUGUUGUUGACGAAGGGCCAACAGCUGUCGCAAGAUCUAGUCCUGAAGAGCUCAAUCGAGCGAUAACUUCGGGUAUCCCUAAUGCCAUAAGGGGAGUAGUCUGGCAAAUACUAGCUCAAAGUAGAAAUGAAGAACUUGAAAGCAUGUACAAGGACUUGGUUUUACGGGGUACGGAAAAAGAGAGAGAUAGAAUGAGUGGAUCUAGUGGUUUUGCCAGUAUAGCAAAUUCUUUAAAUGGUAAGGAUGAACAAGUAGCAUCUUCAUCAUCAUCGGUUAGCUCGGAACAUUCAGUAGCGAACUCAAUUGCUACUGGACUGAAGUCCCCUACGACGCCAAAAGACUCGGAUAAUACUAGUAAGCUUCAAGCCACUGCGGUAGCAGAGAGAAAAAAAAAGGCCAAAGAAGAUGCGGAAUCAGUGAAAAAGUUGGAGAAAAUGAUAAAACGUGACCUAGGAGCUCGUACAAGUUUUUCCAAAUUUGCGACUAGUGCAGGUUUGCAGGAUGGUUUAUUUGGUGUAUGUAAAGCAUAUGCCCUCUUCGAUGAAGGUGUCGGUUAUGCGCAAGGAAUGAACUUCCUCGUUAUGCCUCUGCUAUUUAACAUGCCCGAAAACGAGGCCUUUUGCCUUCUGGUCAAGCUGAUGAAUCAGUAUCGUCUACGAGAUCUUUUCAUUCAGGAUAUGCCUGGACUUCAUAAGCACCUGUAUCAGUUUGAGCGUUUCCUCGAGGACUUUGAGCCCGCACUCUUCUGCCAUCUUCAGCGUCGCCAAGUUACACCACAUCUCUACGCCACUCAGUGGUUUUUAACCCUAUUUGCCUAUCGCUUUCCUCUACAACUCGUUCUCCGAAUAUAUGAUCUCAUCCUGAGCGAAGGACUGGAAGCUAUUCUCAAAUUCGGCAUAGUUUUAAUGCAGAGAAACGCGAAAGCCUUACUAGAGAUUUCUGACAUGGUUGCGCUAACAAACUUUCUUAAGGACCGUCUCUUCGACGUUUAUAUAGAUGCUGCUCCAUCAUCGGUAUCUAUCCUUGAAUCAGGAUUUUUUGGUAGCUCGGGUAGCAGUAUUGACAAAGAGAUAUAUCGCGCAGACCAACUAAUUCAAGACGCCUGCGCUGUUAAGAUCACACCAGAAGCACUCAAGAUUUAUGCGCUAGAGUGGGAAGAAAAGACUAGACUUGAAAAAGCUCGAGAAACCGAGAUGGAAACCCUGCGACUGAGUAAUCAAAAACUCUCCGUCAAAGUACGUCGAUUAGAAAAGCGGGUCCAAGAACAUGAUACCGAGCAUGCGGCUCUAGCUACAGAGCUAGUUCACCACAAGGUUGAAAAUGAAGAGCUUAAAGACGAAAAUGAGUCCCUGAAGGUUCAAGUCAAGGAACUUCGGGAUGUAAUUGAAAAGCUUCCACGUGAGACUGAAGAAAGAUUACAGUCUGAAAUGGAUCGAUUGAUCAAACGAAAUCAGGAGGUACAUGACGAGAAUAACAGAUUAGAAGAAGAUAUGAGUGAGAUGGAAAAGACCCUCGUGGCGACAAAAAUGCAGUAUGCUGAGAUCAAUGCUGCUCACGAAACUUUGACUCGUAGAUGGACCGACCUCCGUAAAGCACUCGACGAGUGA